ACCAGCAUCUUGCCCGUCCACCGGUGUGAAUAUCAAACUCUCCAGGUUACCCUGUUCAGAUUAGUACGCCUAACCUUUGGCCUGUUUGUUUCAUGCACGCUUGCUCGUAUAAAAGACGCACAUCCACCGAGUUAUCCUGAGGUAUCCACUCUAUGACCUCCAAGACACAUUAGAGGCAGUCUGAAACCCAAUUAAUUAUCUUGUUCUUUCCGGCCGCAAGUCCCUGUAACUUGAAAAUGGCAGUUUUGCGGAGUGCCACGGUGGUUCUGUUGUGCCUGUGUGCCCUUAGCGGCUGCACUGUCCAGGGCCAGGACGCUGCUGGAAGCACAGGAGCAGCCAAUUGUCUCGAACUGCUCCUCGUGAGAGCAGGCGUGCCUUUGGAUAAGGCGAUUGUGUACCGUCAGAACCUGGCCUCGCUGGGUUUUGACCUUCCGCGGAUAGAGUCUGCUGACGAGAAGCUGCUUGCAUUCAUCUUCGAGAAGAACACCCAGCAUGCCGCAGCUGUACAGGGAUGCCUGGGUGGCACGUUGGCAGCGUGCCUGGAUUUCAGCCCAUGUGGCGUUGGAGGUCUGUGUGUGCUGCAAGCUACCAUCUCGGAAUACCAGUGCAGAUGCUCGCCCUACAAGACUGGUGCAUUCUGCCAGCAACAUACCACAUAUCAACAGCUUGCUACGUCACUGGACGCCGUCAAGUCGGCGACUGUAGCCAACAAUAUCAAAGUCACGGCGGUCAGCACAAGAGUGGAUGCGCUGGAGGCACACAAUGCGACGUGUAACAAGGCCUUAGUUGGCUACGCGUUCAACUCCAGACACCAUCAGUACAUUGACGACAACGACCAUGCCCAGCUGGCCAGCAUCACCUAUGUCAAGAAACGUGCAGACACUCUGCUGAAGGUCUCCUACUCUGCUAACAUCCGUGUGUUCAGUGCGGACGGCGUGGGGACCGUGGGUGGCGCUAGAUGGUUUGUCAAGAUCGAUGAAGAGGAAUGUUCCGCUCCUUCCGCGAUCGACAUAUUCUACCUUCGCCUAGGAGAGGACAACAUUCAUAUCCCGUCGGUUCUCAAAGGCAUCUGUGGCGGUACGUCUGGUGGAGCUAUUGGCACGGGCUCCCACACCAUUACAGUGCAUGUGGGGGAUCCAACGACCGGUCAACCUCUAGGUCAUACCUCCAAUGGCUAUGGAAGUACUCAGCUACUGGAAGUGGAGGAAAUCUGCCCUCCCUUCUAAUUUACGAAGAAAGGGGCGUUUGUCAACUGACAACCGCUCUAUUCAGUUGCCAUUCACAAUCUGCGCAUGCGCUGGAUAAAACCAUUCUUUACGGUGAUGUUGACAACAUUAUUGACGUUUCGAGCCAGUCAUUCAUCGUCAGAACCUACUAAUUUACAAUGACAGUUUUCUACCCCCACUCCCCAGGCUACUUCCGCUUUGCUGUACGCUGAUCACUGACUCACUGUUCUGCUGCUGGUACAUGUACCGGGUAUUCAAUGUUUGCCAGUCUACCUUUUAGUAGUUUCCUUUGAACUGUUUUCUCGGCAAGCGUA